AUGGCAUCGUCCAAUGAGCAGGCAGACCCCACGGAGCUACCUCGCGGCAACACGAUGGAGGGGAGCACGUCGCCCCGCGCGCCUACCAAAGUCGUGUCAUUUCCUGAUGAAGGCAUCUCACCUCUCAUGAUUGCCAAGCACAAAGAGCUUGAGCAGAAAGAUUACCUCGACCUUGACAGGCCAUCAAGACACUACCCUGCAAGCAUCAGCGGCAAGCGGCUAUCUGGUAGACCUUCUAUCGAGCAAAUGGGCUCGUACAAGGCCCAAAGCCAAACUGGAGAAACCAACACAUCAAUCCCCUCUGUACUCUCGGACAGCUCCAACGAUGCACAUCAUCACGCACACACGCACGAGCGACUAGCUAAGCACAUUCACGGCUGGCUGCAGUCAGAGCGUUCGAGGCGGGCGUCACGCAAGGCCAAGCGUAAGGCUGCUAAAGACGCCAGACGUGGUGGGGAGCACAAAGAUGCAUCCAAAGAUCACCUUGAUGUACCUCAGAGCUCACGAGGCAGGAGUGACUCUGAUUCGUCCGACGGAUCGGUUGCUUUGGACCAGCUUGCAGGUAUCUUGGAAAAAACGCUGAACAUGACACCAGCCGAUGCGAAAAGAAAGAUCUCUCAUGUGCGCCGAAUGUCGACGGGCCUGAAGCGCCAUUCUGCAAUCUCAGUGGACUCGGACUACUUCGACUCCAUAGACCAGCUCGUUCCUAGCUGUGACGUCGUCCUUGACAACUCAAAAACCAUGGCUUACAGCGUUGACGAGACAGAUUCUGUACCUGAAACCGAAGACUCUGAGAGGAGGAGGCGAAAGGAGAAGGAAGCCUGGACAAAAUUUAGAUACGAGAUCCUUCGUCUUGCGCAUACGCUGAAGCUGAAGGGUUGGCGACGAGUGACAAUGGAGCAGCAUGAUGAGAUCGACGUGCAGAGACUGAGCGGUGCUCUGACAAACGCGGUUUAUGUGGUGUCUCCCCCGAAGAAUGUCAAACCCACGCAGGAGCGCGCAGAUGGGGUGCCUGUACCGAAGAACCCACCUCCCAAGCUUCUUCUGCGUAUCUACGGCCCGCAAGUGGAGCACCUUAUCGACCGUGAAUCUGAGCUGCAGAUUCUACAACGUCUUGGACGCAAACGAAUUGGUCCACGUAUGCUCGGUACAUUCAAAAAUGGUCGUUUCGAGGAAUUCUUCAACGCAAAGCCACUCAGUUUCAAGGAGUUGCGGGUUCCUGAGACAUCUAAGCAGAUCGCCAAGCGCAUGCGAGAGCUCCAUGAGGGUAUCGAGCUUCUGAAAACAGAACGAGAAGCCGGUCCGUUUGUCUGGCAGAACUGGGACAAAUGGGUAGACCGAUGCGAGCAGGUUGUCACCUGGCUUGACCAACAGAUCCUCGAGGGCGGCGAUGCACCCAUUACAUCUGCCUCUGACCGAUGGAAGAAGCGUGGCCUGGUCUGUGGUGUUGAGUGGCCGGUCUUCCGACUGAUGAUUGAGAAGUAUAGGGGGUGGCUGGAAGAGCAGUACGGCGGCAUUCAGAAGAUCAAUGAUCGCAUGGUGUUUGCUCACAACGAUACUCAGUACGGCAACAUACUCCGCAUGAUGCCGGAGGGUGACUCGCCACUUCUCCUCCCAGCCAACCAGCAUAAGCAGUUGGUAGUCAUCGACUUCGAAUACGCAAACGCAAACGUUCCUGGUCUUGAGUUUGCGAACCACUUCACUGAAUGGUGCUACAAUUAUCACGACGCCGACUACCCCUGGGCUUGCGCCAGCAAGUAUUAUCCGACUGCCGAAGAGCAACACCGUUUCAUCCACGCGUAUCUCAGGCACUCUCCAGGUCUGAAGACUCCUGGCAGCGCAUCCUCGAACCCUCCCACUCCCCAUCUUGGCCCUCUCCCUACCUCUGCGAGUACAACCGCCCUCGCCGCCACCGCCGCUCCCAGUACCAUCUCUGCUUUCAUGUUGGACUCACGUGCACCUCCAGGACAGUCUUACCAGGAACAGGAGGCACAAGUCGAGCGCAAUACAGAGGAAGAAGCCCGCCGCCUUAUGGCCGAAACCAAGCUCUGGCGUAUCGCGAACUCUGCCAUGUGGGUAGCCUGGGGCAUUGUCCAAGCCCACGUUCCCGGCCUUCCAGACUUCGACGCCAUAGAAGGCGCUGCAAACGGCACCACCGAAAACCCAACCGACACAGCGCUCGAAGGUGCCACUGCAGACGUUCGCGUAGAAGCAGGAGUAGGAAAGGAGCAGAAUCCGGCCGUGAGUACUAAGGAGGUGGACACCAAGGACGAAACCAAACCCGUGCUGGACCAGGAUACUGAUCUCUUCAAAUCACAGGACGAUGAGGAGUUUGAUUACCUCGCUUAUGCACAGGACAGGGCGAUGUUCGUGUGGGGAGAUCUCGUGGGUAUGGGUCUCGUGAAGAAGGAAGAGCUGCCGGAGCAGCUGACAAGGAGAAUGAAGAUUGUGGAGUAUUAG